CUGCUGUUGAAGGAUGAGGAGUGUGAGAGGUUGUCUAAAGUCAGAGACCAGCUCGGCCAGGAGCUGGAGGAGCUCACCGCCAGUCUCUUCCAGGUCGGUUCAUCCUCCUCCUCCUCCUCCGUCCGUCUGUCCGUCUCCUCUGCUUCCCGUUUCCUGUUUCCUGUUUCCUUCCUGAGGCAGCGGCCAGACUGAAACCGGACAAAAAAACUAAAUGUAUGAAGACGAUUCUCACGGGAUUGGUUGCUCUGUAUUCUUCGGCAGCAGAGAUGUGAAAUGGAGGCGUUGUGAGGUUUACGACCUCUCAGGUUGUUUUUCUUCAUCCUCCAUCAAGAGAUUAAAAUAGAAACGACUACGAGAGAGAAAGCUUUGUUUCAGCUCUCCGUACGUUUGUUAAUGAAUCACUAGAAAGAGUUUAAAAGGUUUAAAAAGGAUUAAAAUCGAUGCAGCUGAGAUAUUUUCUUUUUCUUAUCCCGCUAGUUCUUUUUCCUGGAGCCUACAUUACCCACAAUGCAACUUGACCACACACCAGUCCAGUGAGAUAUUCAGGUGUGUUAAGCUCGUUAGUAGCAAACUUGUAGUCUUCAGAACCAACCGACUCAAGCGAGGACGUUUAUGAGACUUCACAAAACGCUGUUAGCACGUUAGCUGUUAGCACGUUAGCUGCUAUCUGGGGCUCUGACCCAGGUUCUAACUGUAUAUGGGAGAAUUUGAUGGCGUUACUUUGCGCUCUAAGAUAUUGCGAUGGCUAUUUUUUUAUUGAAACCAAAACGAUUCAUCAAUUAAUUGCCAAAUAAUUACUGGAUCAAUCGAUAAUAGAGGCUGGAGGAAAGCGCCGGUGUUAUUCUGACAAUGCAUCCAAGAAGAAGGGACGACUAGUUGUGAUUUCAGUUGGACUUUAACACCAGACUUUUUCGACUUGUUUGACAAAUCUCAACGUUGGAGCUCCUGAAGCAGACUGAGUCUGUCCGACUGGCCUUCACAUGUUUUUUCCUUUUCUUCUUGUCGUUCUUCCUCCUCGUUCUUUGGCCUUUUUCUCAUAGAAGGUGCUGGGACUCUUAUCUGUGUGUGUGUGUGUGUGUGUGUGUGUGUGUGUGUGUGUGUUUUCUGCAGCCUGUUUACAUCUAUGCAGCAAAACAGUUCAUUUACUUUGUUUUUCUGAUAUUUAUGUUAGUAAAUUGUUCCUUUAAACGUCACCGAUCUUGUGUAGAUGCUGCUUCACUAUGAAGUGAAUCUCAACACUUACAUCGCCAGUGAUGAAAAUAUGGAAAAAAUAUCAAAUCAUUUGUGUGUGUUCUUUUACAGGAGGCCCACAAGAUGGUCAGAGAAGCAAACGUCAAACAGGCGAACGCUGAAAAACAACUGAAAGAAGCCCUGGGGAAGAUCGACGUCCUCCAGGCGGAGGUCCAGGCCCUGAAGACGCUGGUGCUCUCCUCCCCCACCUCCCCGCUUGGCGAGCUCCCCUCUUCGGGAGGAGGCGUGAAGACCCCCUUCAGGAAGGGCCACAGCAGGAACAAGAGCACCUCCUCCGCCAUGCUGGGGACGCAGCCCGACCCGUCGGCCACGCAGCCCAUCGUACGGGAGUGUCGGGAGGUGGACAGUCAGCUGUUCAGCGACUUCAAGGCGUGGAAGGAGGAGCCGACGCUCGAACGCGGCUGCUGCUUCCUGGAGAGAGUUUACCGUGAGGACAUCUACCCCUGCCUCACCUUCAACAAGUGUGAGCUCGGAUCGGCCAUCUUGGAAGCCGUGGAGCAGAACACGCUCAGUGUGGAGCCGGUCGGCUUCCAGCCGCUGCCUGUGGUCAAAGCCUCGGCGGUGGAGUGUGGAGGACCAAAUGGGCGAAAGGACGAGCUCGUCACGAAAUGUGCGCUGAGCGGUCAGACCAAAACCUGUAAGCACAGAAUCAAGUUUGGAGACUCGUCCAACUAUUACUACGUGUCUCCGUACUGUCGAUAUAAAAUCACAGCAGUGUGCAAUUUCUUCACCUACAUUCGCUACAUCUACCAAGGGCUGGUCAAACAGCAGGAUGCGGAGCAGAUGUUCUGGGAGGUGAUGCAGCUCCGCAGGGAAAUGUCCUUCGCCAAGCUCGGCUACUACAAAGACCAGCUGUGACCGACGGACGGCCCCGCCCUCCAAUCACAGCAGACCACGCCCCGAAAGCCCCGCCCUCCCAGUCGUCCUGGUCCCUCCCUCCCGACGUUUGGUUGUUUUCAACGACCACGAUAAAAGACUGUGACGUCAGUGGUCUGUUGUCUUUGGUGGGUUUCUGUCCAAAAUAUGAUAUUUACUUUAUGUACAUGUAACACUCCAAUAUAUGAAGACAAGUGGCAUGAAAAGAGGAGUUACACAUUUAAAUAUGUCUGCAUUUCAACCCGUCUGAGGAGCUUUCAGCUUUUUUAAAAUUUCUUUCCCUCUGAAAAUAAAUAUACAAAAACAUUCAAUCGUUCAAUCAGAGUUUAACAGUUUAACAAAAAAUAAGUUGUUUAGAUUCCUCAAUCACAAAUAAAGACAAGUUCUGGACACAAGAUGGAGAAUUGGAGAAUAUAAAUACAAGUCGUAGCGGCAAGAUCAUAAAAUCAUAAAUACACAAAAUGUACAAGUAUGAGUCAAAAUCUGAUGAGAAAUAAAUUAAAAAUCGAGAAUAAAGUUGUAAUUUUACAAGAAAAUAUAUUUCAAGAGUUAAGUCGAUUUUUGAAGGAUUAAAUAUUAAUGUAUUAUUACAAUUAUAAAUAUAAGAAUAUAAAUGACUAAAUAAAUAAAUGACUCAAAUUUUGUUUUUUAAUAAUUACAAAUUUAAUUUAAUUUGCAACUUUAUACUCGUACGUCUACGAUCUAUCUCGCGAACUAAAACUUUAUUUUCAAGAUUUUAUUUUAUUGUGAAAUUUCGACUUCACCUCGAUAAAUACUGACGCUUGAAAUCAUCAAUUUAUUUUCAGACUUUUUCUCUGAAAUUCACUGGAAAUUACAAUUUUAUUGCCACAACGCUAAUUGAACAACCUGAACUAGUUCUAGUUGAAUAUUGUUUGCUAACAGUGGAACGGCUGCUCCGUUUAUGUGUUAUUAUCUGUAUUCAAGUUUUAAAACUCGAAGCUGAAUCUCAAACAUAUUACAAUAAAAUGAUGACCAAACAAUCACUUCUGGUGAAACCAAGUAUAAGCUUUUAUUUAAUUUAUGUUGAAGGCAGUGUGUGAAAUGUAAAGAAGUUUGAUGCAAAGAUAAUCAGCAGAUCACGAGUACAAACGUUACUGUAAAACCCCGUUCAGGCCGGAUCCAUGUCUCCAAGGGAGGCGGGGGGGUCAACAUUAACGGGUCAUGACUUUAUAAUUACAAACAUCAAACGUCUCAGUCAUAGACCAAAUCCUAAAUAUCUCAAACCUGAGUUCAGUUACAAACGAGCACAUGGUGGAUGUCUCCCCUCCUCCCUCUGUGGAGUCGGUCCCGUCUGAACGCAGCUUAAACAAAUGUAUUUUCAACAUUGUAAAGUUUGUCUCUGUAUGAAGUAAAACAGUAUUUAUAAUUCCUUUAAGAGUUAUGUUGUUGUCGGGGUUUUGAUGAAGGAGACUUAAAGUA